AUGACAAACCCCACCAUCUCAAUCGUCGUCGCCUCCAAAAACCCAGUCAAAGUCCAAGCAGCAAAACUCGGCUUUGAGUCGGCCCUCCCUGAUGCCACCUACGAUGUCCGGGGUAUCAGCGUCCCCUCCGGCGUCCCGGACCAGCCGCUAUCUGACGAGGAGACCCUCCGCGGGGCCCUAAACAGGGCACGCAACGCCCAGGAGGUCGAGAAGGACGCAGACUACUGGAUCGGCCUCGAGGGCGGCAUCGACAUGCCGAGCGACCAAGAUGCCCCAAUCAUGAACUUUGCCUGGAUCGUCGUCAUCAGCCGCGACGGACGGGUCGGAAAGGCGCGGACGGGCGCGUACUACCUCCCCGAGGAAUCCGCUACUUACCUACGUCAGGGCAUGGAAUUGGGACAUGCGGAUGAUUUGAUCUUUGGUCAGACGAACAACAAACAGUCCAAGGGCUCUGUUGGCAUGUUAACUGACGGUGUCAUUGACCGGACCUCCUACUAUCACCAUGCCGUCAUCCUAGCUCUCAUUCCUUUUAAGAAUAAGAAUCUGACGUUCAUCUGA